AUGGCCUUGUGGAUAACCAGCGGGGAAGGCCACGAGAAUGGGAAUGUCUUCUUGGUGAACUCCGGGGAGAGGUUGAGGCACGUCCCGGCGCCAGAAAGAUGGACGGAGGCAAGGAGGAUAUCUCUCGUGCACAAUAGGAUUGGUGUGCUCCCUGAGGAGCCAGCUCAGGUGCAUAAUCUGCAGACGCUGUUGCUGAACGGAAAAUAUCGUCUGAGGGACAUCGACCGAGGGUUUUUCCAGCUCAUGCUGAGACUUCUUGUUUUGGAUCUGUCGAACACGGGAAUAAGGCUUCUUCCACCGGAAAUCGGGUCACGGCUUGAAACUGCGGUUUUUCAAUCUAUCAUGAACUGGGCUUGGAUCAUUGCCCGUUAGGGAGGUCGACGAAGCUGAAAGAAGUGCAUUUGGAGGACGUAAAUCCUCUGGAGAGAAUCCCACACGAGGUCUCAUCGCUUCCAGACCUGCAGUCGCUAAACAUUACCCGUUCCAAGGGCAUUGCAAUUUCCUCCAGCAGCACGCCGCCAUAAACGGCAUCAGCAGGAAACUGGCAUCAAUACCAACCGCGGCUGCAGCUUGUUGCCUCUGAAAACCAUCACCAGGGAAGUUUGGUAACCCAUACUGCCCGGGCACUGGAGGGAGCCCUACAGAAGGCUGGCCUACCUCACCGCUGCCGGCUCGUUGGGCCCUUGGAAUCCCACAUCAGGAAACCCCCUCGAUCCAUCGAUGUCUCUCUCGCCCGAUCCCCACCGAUGCCAGGGAUCAACGUCGGCCGCUCGGGGAAAACCGAAGGCCGCUUCUUCUGCAGCGGGGGAGGGGGCAGCAAGAGCGGAGGCUGAUGCAUCACCGGUAGAAAAGGAGGUCUCUGAGGCAACGGCAACGGCAACAGCGACGGCAACGGCAACGGUGGGGGCGGCGGCGGUGGCAGCAAUGUCUCCGGCUUCUUCUCCACCUCCGCCUCCCCGGUGAAACCCGCGUCCUCGCUCCUGCGGGGCGUCUCGAGGAAGUUCUCUGAUGGUCUACUGGCGGGCCCAUCACAUCCCCGCAGGGAGACCUGAAGGGAUCAGGCCGCCGCCACUUUCGUCUCAUUUCAGAUCCACAGGUAUCUAGGAAAGACUCGCACAUGACACAAAGGAUCCGUGGCACGCAAAGGAGGGAGGAUAGGCGAGGGACAAACAAGUAUUCCCCUAGUGGAGUGUGGAGGUUUGUCCCCUCGGAGUGGCUACUAUCGGGCUUCUGCGCAGUUCCAUUGUCCUUUUCCCUCUUCCCCUUGGAGGUUUGUCCACGCAGAGUGCAGGGUACGACCCCUUUCCCAGAUGCCUUGUCUACGCACCUAACUAGUUCGCUGUCUACUCCUCCCUCCUACUACCCCCUACGCCCUCGCCCGACGCACCCACGGGACUCCCUCCGGUAAACAGGAAGGUCCAUCCAUCUCACGGAGAAAAGGGAGACCUAUCAUUCUCCCCCACAUUGACGUCCUUGGUAGAGAUCGUGGGAGUCCUCGUUCAAAAGAAAUCUCGCGCCGGACUAGAGAGAUGUGAGGAAGAAAUGAACCACCCCCCCCCCGGCGAUUUCUUUUGAACUUCCCUGAAACCUAAUCCUCUGGAAGUACGAAGGAAGGUUGAAGACCACCUCCUCUCUCUUUCUCUCUCUCCACGCCUUUCUCUUGUAGCGAGACAGAUAGAGAGAGAGAGAGUGAGGGGGUCCGCCCGGAGCCCCUCUCUCCUCCCGAUCCCCAUCGUCAUCGAAGGUCUAUCGAUCCCUAUCGCCCGAUUUCACCUGAAUGAACGGCUGAGAUUGAUGGCACAAAUAAACCAGAAGUCAACACUUGAUCGGAAGAAAAUGAUCUCACAGGGGCUGAACAGUUUAAGUCAAUGAGGGAGAAUCGGCAGAAGACGGUGGAAGAUAUUCAGAUGAGGAUCCCGUGCGGUGAUCCCAACAAACAAAAUUACAUUUUCUGAGCUCCACGACUCCUCAUCCAUCUUAUCUUUCCAGCUGUUCGGUGAGCAGUGCGGCUCUACGCGAUCCCUUCCUUCCUCACUGGUAGGGAUUGCCGGCAUGAAUCCCUUCCUUGUUUGUCUGGGAUUCUUCUGGGAUCCGUUAUCGCAGGGUAUGCAAAAUUUCCUGCAGAGCAGCACGGGGGAAGCCGUCUCCUGGGUGUGGAAUCUGGCCGCCGGUGGAAUCGUCACUCUCAUUCUGCUGGACUCCAGAGCGGCGGAGCUGGACAGGGAGAUGACAAAUCUGAUCGUUGUAAGAGAAGAUCUACAAGAGAAGAUCAAACAACGAGAGCUUGAGGACAUGAGGCCGACCCGCCAGGUCCAGGCUUGGCUCAGGAAGGUGCAGGAGAUCGAGUCCAGGGCGGCCGUUUUCGGGGUUUCCUUCCAGCAGAGGGGGGCCUCCUCUGAGGGCUCUUCUUUACGAUCCUCUUAUCGGCUCGGUUGUGAAGCUGGCGAGUGCCUGAAAGAAGUCCAGAGGCUGAAGACCCAGAGGGGCAAUCUCCUCCCCUACUCAUCCAGGCGCCGCCGCCCGCGGUGGUUCCGCAGCCGAUCUAUUCAGCCUCCAUCGUGGACGCGGAGAAGACGUUGUCGGAGAUCCGCAGCCUCCUGGAAGACAAUGAAGCGCUAGUCGUCGGGAUCUACGGCUUGGGAGGAAUAGGGAAGACGACCCUCUUGAAGGCGAUCAACAACGAGUUCCUCCAGAGGGGAUCCGGCGGUUUCGAUCUGGUGAUUUGGGUCACCGUCUCCAAGGAGCUUGAUGUCCGGAAGGUUCAAGAGGACAUCGCCGUCCGGCUGGGCUACUCUCGCCCCGGAAAAGGCCAGGGCCAGACCCUCCCAGAGCAUCCAACCGACAGGGUCAAUACCCUACUGAGCGCCCUCUCCAAGAGGAAUUUCCUUCUGCUGCUGGACGACCUGUGGGAGAAACUAGAUCUCGAAGCUGUAGGAGUCCCCUUCUCUUCCUCUUUCAGGAACGGAAGUAAGGUAUUCUUCACCACACGAUCAGAGAAAGUGUGCAACGAUAUGGACGCUCAGAGGAAAGUUAAGGUGCCCCUCUUGAAUCGAAAGAGCUCUUGGAAGCUCUUCUGCCAAAAGCUGGGCAGGAAAGAAGACCAGUGGGACCCAUCUAUGAGAUCUCUCGCUGAAGCCGUUGUUAAGGUGCCCUUGUUGAAUUCAGAGAGCUCUUGGACGCUCUUCUGCCAAAAGAUGGGAAAAGGAGAAGACCAGUGGAAUGAUCUCUCUAUAAGGUCUCUCGCAGAAGCCGUUUGUCAAAAAUGCGGAGGCCUUCCGAUCACCCUCAUUACCGUAGGCCGGGCCAUGGCAGGCGUCACGACCCGUGACGAGUGGCAAGUGGCUCUCAUGGCGCUGAAGAGCAUACCCGCGGAGCUCGGAGACAUGAAAAAGGUCCUAAUUCUUCUCAAGUUCAGUUUCGACCGAUUGAAAGAUACACCCGCCAAGGAGUGCCUUCUCUACUGCGCCCUCUACCCGAAGGAUCACAACAUCCUUAUAAGCGAGCUCAUUGAUUACUGGGUGGGUGAAGGGCUCUUAGAUACGGGACGCCAUCCCGACCCCAUUGAGAGAGCACGUAACCGCGGCCACCUGGCCAUCAAGAAUCUCAAGGCUGCCUGUCUGCUAGAAGACGGGGAGGUCAAAGGAAGACAGGUGAAGCUCCAUGACACGGUCCGCGAGAUGGCGUUGUGGAUAACCAGCGGCGAAGGCGACAAGAGAGGGAAUGUCUUCUUGGUGAACUCCGGGGAGCAGUUGAGGCACGUGCCGACGCCGGAAAGAUGGACGGAGGCGAGAAGGAUAUCUCUGAUGCGUAAUGAGAUACGCCUGCUCCCGGAAUUUGACGAGGCUGACACAACUGCGUCUGGAGUACACUAAUCUUCUUAAGAGUAUCCCACGCGAGGCGGUCUCAUCGCUUGAAAGGCUGCAGUCGUUGAACAUUUUUAACAGUAACUAUGAGUUUAGAGCAGGAUGGGAGGGCGGUGGUAGCGAUGGUGUGAUUGACCGUGAGGGGAGACAACUCUGUCUGAAAGACUUGGAGGACGGCAUGUGGAACCUGACGGAGCUCGGUAUUUCUAUAACAUGGAUGACCCAUGAAGACAUGCAGGCUGUACUGAACUCUCAGAGACUGUCUGCGUCGAUCAGAUUACUAUGUCUGCUAAAGGUGGGAAUCCGGUCUUUAGAUUUGUCUGCUUUUCUUGAGAUUAUGAAGGGCCUGAGAAGGCUUGGGAUUUGGAGUUCUACCGACUUGGAAGAGCCGGUCUUCAACACGAACCAGCUCUCGGAGCUGGAGGAACUGACAUUGGGUGAACUUCCCCGAGCAACGAUCUCUUGGAAAGAUGGCUACACCACAGCUGCCAUCUUCAAAAACCUUCGGGGAUUGUCGAUUACCGAAUGUGAAGCAUUGGAGGACAUAACGUGGAUCAGACAACUGCCCUGCAUUGAGAUGUUAGGACUAGAUGGAUGUUCGAGAAUAGAAGAGGUGAUAGUAGUCGAAGAGGUGACGGUGGACAACGUGGAUUAUCAAAAUGAUUCUUUCUUCCCUAAAUUAAAGUGGAUUUGGUUGUAUGAUCUUCCGAAUUUGAGGAGCAUAUGUAAGCAUCCGUUGUUGCUUCCUUCCUUGGAGGAAAUCGAAGUAGUCAACUGUCCAGAGCUGAAGAAGCUGCCCUUUGGGUUCUCUACUGCCAAGAACAUCCAACGCAUCUUCGGUAAACAAGAAUGGUGGAAUGGAUUAGAGUGGGAGCAUGAAGACGUCCGAUCCAAGUUUACCCCUUGUUUUCAACCAAUGUAGAAAUGCAACAUAACUGUUUAUAAUCUACGAACAGGAUCCAUUCAACAUCCGCAUCUGUAGUCCACCACCGCCUUUCCUCCUCUCUCUCCCGAUCGUCCGAUUUCACCGAAAUUUACGGUUGACAUUGAACUAUUAGCACGGUUGAAAUAUUCCAGCAGCCAACAGUUGAUGGUCAACGUUCGCCUGUCCAGCUGGGGUCCUUGCAAAUAAACGGCGCAUGAAGUUACCUACGAUAACAACAUCUCAAACUUUGUAUCGUCGUUAUUUCUUACUGACGGAUAUCAUUAAUGAAAGGAAAUUACAUCCAGAAUAAAAUUGCGGAACAUGAUAUGGUUCCAAUAACAGUAAAGAAGGGAACUUGUUUCCAAUAUUCAACGCAUUCAUAGUUCAUUACUCCCUCUACAUUGACUUUUUCAUAAAUUACUUUUCAUUUAAGUUGACUAAAUCAUUUUGACUUUUUCAUUCAUGCCAUGAAACGCUAUUUAUGUUUACUUAAAUCGUUUUCUAUUCAUAAGUUCCAAGAGAUUUAUAAUAACUAAGGGAGCAAAUAAUCCAUGAUCCUAUCUUCUUAAAUUACUUAUCAUUUAAGUUAACCAAAUCAUUUUGACUUUUUCAUUCAUGCCAUGAAACGCUAUUUAUGUUCACUUAAAUCUUUUUUUAUUCAUAAGUUCCAAGAGAUUUAUAAUAACUAAGGGAGCAAAUGAUCCAUGAUCCUAUGUUCUUAAAUUACUUAUCAUUUAGGUUAACCAAAUCAUUUUGACUUUUUCAUGCAUGCCAUGAAACGCUAUUUAUGCUUACUUAUAUCCUUUUUUAUUCAUAAGUUCCAAGAUAUUUAUGAUAAGCUAAGGGAGUAAAUGAUCCAUGAUCCUAUGUUCUUACGUUCAGCAUAAAAUAAACCUAGAAACAAGAACAGGCCACCUUGAAACCUGAAGACGAGCGAGCGAGGUAGCGAGAGACAGAGAGGAGACAGAGUCCUGGGCAUCAGAAUUAACCAGACGUUCUCAGGCGGUCGGACCUCGAUAGUUUCUGAAUAUAAGCUUUCGUUGGACUCCGAGUAAACACAGAUAUACAUACCUUGCCCACAAGUCGGGCAUUUGAAGAGUUUACAACAUAAAAAGCACAGAUACCUUCCAGGAUAGAUCCAUGGCCUCCGAUACCUUCAUAGCAUUUCCUCACCUGCCAAAGGAAGGAGUGAAGAAGAAGAUGUCGUCCAGCCGGUCAUUGGUGGGCGAAUUCCCACCGUAGACAAGCAGCCCUUCCUCCCCGUCCCGGCGACCCACGGAGAACGCGCACCAGCCGCGAGGCCCGGGGUGCUCCCCGGGCUCCGCCACCUCCGCCAGCUUCUUCCAUGCUUUCGUCGCCGUGUCCAACACGUACGAAUCGCCGGCGAAGCUCCCGGCGCCGAGAUGGCCGAGAUCGCUCGGAUCAACUUCGCCUCCGCAUAUGAUCACGCGCUGUCCAAUGCUGGCUAUGGAGAAGACGCUCCGAGGGCAAGGUUUGUCCCCGGUUGUCUCCACCUCCGUCCACUCCCCGGAGGCCGGGUCGAAGCAGUGGACGUCGUCUACCUCUUCACCUGCGAAACCAUAAACUAUCCAGAUCUUCUCUCCGGCCACGGCGAGCCCAGUUCCUCCCCGGGGACGGCAGCUCUUCCCUGGCUCCGGGAACUUGACCCACUUCCCGUCCAAAACAUCGUAAGCCCAGAGGUCAUUGAGCCUCCCGGCGACUCCGCACCCGCCAAAGAUGUAGACAUGGUGGCCGUCCGCGGCCGUCGAGUGGUAGCUCCGGCUGGGCGGGCCGAGCUCGCCGGAGGACAGAAGGGUCCAGUUGUCCGUGGUUGUGUCGAACGAGUAGAGCUCGUUCAGCUCCUUGUACUCUGCGUCACGACCACCGAAGACGUAGAUGGUCUUACCGACGGUGGCCAUGGUGACGCCGACCCUCGGCGGCGGGAUGUCUCCGGUGACCUCUGGAACGGACCAGGUGAGAGUCUCCAGGUCGAAGACAUGGAUCUUGUUGUCCACGGGGACGCGGGGGGUGAAUUCUCCGCCAAAGGCGUAGGCCCUGCUGCCGACCACCGUAAUGGCGUGGGAGCUUCUUGCGCCAGGCCCGGAUCCUCGUUGCAGCAACUGAAUGAGACAGAAGAAGGUUUAAUCUGAUCAACUUCACCGCCAUGGUAUUGUUUUGAUGACCAGAUGGAGUUCAAGAACCAGCAACUUCUUAUCUAUCAACGUUUUUGGGAUGCUCAUGGCGAUGGCGAUUCAGCGAAUGGAUUUUUCUCUAAUUUACCUCCCUCUCGCCUUGGCAUGCUCCUGCAUCUUCCCUUCCUCUUACGUUUCCUCUCUCCCUCCCUUUCUUCUCUCUCUCUCUCUCUCUCUCACCCUCCUUCCCUCCAACUCCCCCUCUUCUCUCUCUCCACCCUCAUUCUCCCCUUACUCUCUCCGUAUCCAUCUUCCUCUUCUUCGUCUUUAGUUCUCUCACCCUCAGCGCUCCUCUCUCCAUCCCUCUCCCCCGCGUGGCCCUCCUCCGCCGAACCACAUCAAGCGAACACCGGCGAAUUCCCGAACGGAGCCGAGCGCACAACCGUGCUCAGCUCCUUUCGCGAUGGAACGCGGCGGCCAUUAGCGAACGCCGGCGGCGCUCGGCUCGGUACGCCACGGCGAGCUGCCGAACCGAGCGCGCGGACGUUCGGCGGGAACAGCACAUUCGCAGACGGUCGCAUGGCCAUUCGUGGAGGCCAGCAACCGUCUACAGAUGCCAUGGCUGCCCGCUCCCACUCAACUGUUCUGAAAAACUAUCCAUCCACUGGACUUCUUACAGAUUCAACUUAUCGCUAAAGAUUUGCUUACACAGGCAUGCCAGAUGCAUACAUAUUAAUAUGUAUAAGAUUCAUUCAAACCAUAAUCACAAUUCUUAUUUAAUUUCUUUAGAUUAAGCAUAUCGCGAUUGCUUCAAUCAACAUGAAAUUUUGGUCACCAUCAUAUUCCUUUACGCCGAUUUGAUUUUUUCUCAGGACCACUCGAUCCGGAUAAAAUCGUUCCGAGUGUCCCCAAUUACGCGACAGUUCUCUUAUUUAAAUUGGAAUUAAAACCAGCGAAGAUCGGAAAAUCGACCGCAGAGCGAGAAACCAAGAAGACCCGCGCGACGGAAGGAAGGAAAACCGAUUGUCGGAGGAUGGAGGGAUACGCUGAUAUAAGAGAAUUACAGAGACAAGGGAGAACGACGAAGGUUGCAGGGGCUAGGAACAGAAUUGAAGUCGAGAAAUUCCGUGAAACUAUGGAUACCAACCUUGAUCCAUUUCCCUUGGAGUUCCUCCGCCAUCGCUAGACUGUUGCUCCUCUCUCUCUACUCUCUCUAUCUCUCACUCUCUCUGUAUCCCCCCUCCCGCCUCUUCUGGCUCUUAUUCUUCUCCAUACCGGGAAACCGCGGCAAGAGAAAACUGUGGGCGAUCGUUUACAGUAAUAAUGAGCCAUAAUUAUCGAUUUAUUUACAUUCAUUGCCAACCCUCCCCUCUCAGUUCCGCGACCAGCCGCGCGUCUGUUUUCGAUCAGAGAGUAUGGCUGAAUCGUAAUACCUGAAUAUGGUGGAGGCUCUUUUGACAUUGACUUUUCUCAUGAAAUCACGGUCAUCCCUCCCACCACCCUGAAAAAAAGUAUUCUUUUAUAAAGAGUAAUCAUGGCGAUCACAUAAUUUAAUGUUUCUCAUGAAGUGGGCAUUGUUGACCUUGUUUUAUAUCCAAAAGUACUAAUUUUGAGCUCUCAUGUGACUCGAACAUGCACAUGCCAUGAUUAUUUUUAGUUAUAAAUGGUGAGCAAAUUGGUCAUACAUAUAAGAGGUUCUUAUCAUGUGUAUUUGUUCAAAUUUAAUAUAUUAUGACCGCGUGACUAUAUUUUAUUUCUAAUUGGUGGGCAAGUCACAUCACACAACUUUCUGAUUCCAAUUUUAUUUCUAAUCAUUAUGUGAUUAAAUAUGUAGAUGUGAUGAGGAUAAUUCUAGAAAAUAUUUGUAUUGAUAAUGCUAAAAUAAGAUGUGUGAAGAAGCAGGCUUCAUUUUGUCCCGUGUAAUUUUUAAAUGACACGUGUUUUUAAAAUUAAUUGAGUAAAAUAACUAGUAAGUAUAUUGGUCUGAUUGACGAACCAUUUAGUCUUGAAAAUUAUUUUCACAUAAUUAAAUUAUUGGUCUAAUUAAAUUAGAGAAUAUCAUACUAUUGUGCAUGCACCUAUUAUAUAAUGUCAAGAUAGAGGAUGGGUAUGACCCCUUAACAAACUUGAGAUUACUUUGUGGAGGAAAUGAUUAUUUAUGAUUAACAUCAUGUAGAUUGGUAAGUUCCACUCUCCAACAGUUGUAACACAUUGAUUUUAUGAGGGAGUAUGUGAAGUAAUUUAAUUCACUUAUUUUUUACACUAAGAAUAUAUAUAACAAAUAAAAUUUUAUCAAUUUUAUCAAUUUUAUCAUGUUUCUAUAAUUAGGCAUAGGCAAAAUGACUGUAGGACCUAGAGAAUGUAAUUGGCCAUGACAAUGGUUAAUGUACUAUUGGACUAUCAAAAGCUUGUACAAUGAGCAAUGAUUAUGCUUUAUGCUAGUACAAUGAGCAAUGAUUAUGAUAAGUAUUGUGGUGGCACCAAGCAUGGUUGUUAAUCUAGUACAGACUAAGGCACCAUGCUAGAUUCAUAAUCAAGGAGUACCCAAAACUAUUGUGGUGGUAUACUAGGACACUUUGUUGAAGAGUGAAUGCAACAUUUAUAUCAUCACAACACACUAAAGACUACACCACACUUACAAGUAGGGUGCAUUUGACACAUUGUCACAAGAAAUCUCAUUGGAGGACAUUAAAUCCACAUUGAAUUCUCUUCAACUAUUGAGUGCCUUAUUAUAGUAAAACCUAUCGAAUCGAGUGAGUCUAGCUUCAUCUACUUAGAAGUUAGCAUCAACACUUGACCAAUUAUCUUGAUGAUUAUAAUUCACAAUACUUCUUCUACAAGAAAGUUGAUUUCUACUAGUUCCAUGCAUGGAGCUCAUAGAGAUAGAAAUGCGGAGGGUUACAACAUAUUCCAUAGUUCUACUAGUAGAUGAUUUCAACAUCAUCUUUAGUAUGAGCAUCAUUAUUCUAUCUCAUGUUAGGACUUUAAUCCUAUUUUAUAACGUCUUUUUGAUAAGAAGAUUAAGGUCAUAUUGUGUUGUGGUAGAAAAGAGCACACAAUAGGGAGAACAUAUGCUAUCAACCUUCCAACUACAAGAUGACUAGAGGAAAGGCGAGGAAAUCUUCCUUGUGACCUUAUGGGAAUAAAAUUGACUCACAUAAGAGGACUAUAUUGAGACAAGAAAUGGGCAUGGAGCACCUAACAUCAUAACAAGCAUGCAUGCAGAGCACAAUGGCACCACUAUGAAUUCAUGUGGACUACUUGCCAAUGUUGCACCACUACAAGUUCAUGUGGAUGUGCAUGCCAUAGACAACUUCAUGACAGCAACAUACAUGACAAUGGAGACUAAUUAAUGUAGGACAAGUCCUUUGAAGAUUUUUUUCUCUCAAACGAAUUUGAAAUGUGAUGUAAAAAGCCUUAGUGUGACUUCCACCUUAGUGUGAGGAGGGCUAGAGAAUUGAUCUUGAAGAGUUGCCCACAUAGAGGAGCUCUUCUUUAAAUUUGAUCUCCUAAAAGAUAGAUAUGAGCUUGAAAAUUAUUUCUCCCUUAUGAGUAUAAAAUUGAGGCUACAUCAACCAAUGUCUAAGUGGUGUAAUGCAAGUUGAGAGAGGACUAAUUAUUUCUCAAUCUAAUAUGUGUGACUUUAUGUUAAAGGAAGUGGAUUUGUUUGACCAUAUUGUGUGAUGUGAUAGAAUAUAAAUGAAUGUACAUGCCAUCAACAAGUAACAAGAGUCAAGUCAGGCGUAGAAGCUUGUCUUUCCUUCACUUGGUCAAUUAUUUUUAUAUAUUCAUGGAAUAAUAUUACUAUAUACACAAAAAGAGAUGAUAGUUGUGGUGCAUUAUAUUGGGAUAUCAUUAUCUCCAACUUAUUCACUUCAUUAUAUGCACCAAUCAUGUGCUAACUACUCAUAAUGAAAUGUAAUGAAAGGUCUAACCAAAAUAGGCUCAAUGUCAAGAUUUCUUUAUAGAAUAUUGCUUUAUCUUAAAGUACAAGUUAGAUGUAGGUGGAUAGCAAUCUCAGUCACAAGGAGAACAAGAAGAAUCUUGUAGUAGUCUUGAUGACUAAUGACAUGAUCUUGAAGGAGAUACAUGCAUAUAAACGUAAUGCUUAUAAUAACAUGUUAAUGCUCUAUUUCCAUAUGAUAAACAAGGUAAAAUUGAUCUAAGUUUUGUAUUAAUUGAUGUAAAAUGUGCAUUAUUUAUGUUACAAUGCAUUUGCAUGUGUUUGAAGUUGUAUAAAGUAAACUUUAGAUUAUAAAUAUAUUUAUAUGAUUUAUAUCAUAUUUAAUUAUUUCAAUCUUUUUUAUUUGUGUUAGUCAAUCAUCUAAGGUUUAUAGCCUUGAUAUACAUUUUAUUUUUGACGAAAAUUUAUUCAUGAGGUUAUAUUUUGAAUUAGAAUUACAAAGUUAUAACUUUUGAUAAUUUCUUAAUAAUUUUCUAAAGUGGUGUUGAAGUGUUAAUUAAGACAUGACCCUAUGAGUAAAUUUCAAAUGGUCUCAAUGAGAUCAGCACAAAAAGGAUGAUUAAAUCAACGAUCUUGGCAUGUCAACAAGCUCAAACCCCAACUAUUAGAAAUCAGCUCUACUAUUUUCAAGCAUCGGCUUAGUCUGAAGAUCUCGAUGCAUGGCAGUUCUCUGAUCCAUGUUAUGUCCUCCAAUGCUGCACAUUUGGGAAUCUCUAGAUGCAGAAGGUUUUUGAAGAUGACACCUGUGCUGAGAUCCCUCACGAACACGUUUCUAUCUUUCCAAGAUAUCGUUGCUCGGUGAAGCUGCAACAAUGUCAGACCCUCCAACUCCGAGGGCUGGUUCGUGUUGAAGAUCAGCUCUUCCAAGUGGGUAGAAUGCUCAAUGAAAAGGGCCUUUCAUAACCUGAAGACAAGCAGACAAAUCAAAAGACGAACUUCCCACCUCUUUCAGGCAUAGAAAUCUGAUAGAUGCGCACAGCCCGUGAGAGUCCAGGAAAGCCUGCAUGUCUUCAUGCGUCAUGCCUGUUAUAGAAAGACCGAGCUCCGUCAGUUGCCCCAAGCAGUCCAAGUCUUUCAGACAGAGUUGUCUCCCCUCAUGAUCACUCACACAAUCGCUACCACCGUCCUUCCAUCCUCCUCUCAACUCAUAGUAACUCUUAAAAAUGUUCAACGACUGCAGCCCUGAAAGCGACGAGACCGCCUCGCGUGGGAUACUCUUCAGACAAUAGACGUCCUCCAAACGCAGUUGUCUCAGCUUCGUCAACCUCCCUACCUCCACGGGCAAUGAUCCCAGGAAAGUCUCUGAUAGAUUGAGCUGCUGCAGUUCAACCAGCGACCCGAUUCCCGGGGGGAGAAGGCUUAUUCCUGUUCUCGACAGAUCUAAAACAAGAAGUCUCGGCAUGAACUGGAAAAACCCACCGGGGAUUUCCCUUAGAGGAUGGUUGUUGUUCAGCAACAGUGUCUGCAGAUUAUGACAGCUGGGCUCCUCAGGGAGCACGCCUAUCUCGUUGUGCAUGAACGAUAUCCUUCUUGACUCCAUCCAUCUUUCCGGAAUCCGCACGCGGGUCAACCUCUCCCCGGAGUUCACCAAAAAGACAUUCUUUUCGUCCUCUUCGCCUCUAGUUAUCCACAAGGCCAUCUCGCGGACCGUGUCAUGGAGCUUUACCUCUCGUCCUCUGUUGUUCCCGUCUUCUAGCAGGCAGGCAGCUUUGAGACUCGUGACGGUGAUGAGCCCGCGAUUACGAGCUCUAUCAAUAGAGUCGGGAUGGCGUCCCCUUUCUAAGAGCCCUUCUCCUACAUAGUACUCAAUGAGCUGACUUAUAUCGAUGUUGUGAUCCUCUGGGAAGAGGGCGCAGUAGAGAAGGCACUCCCUGGCGGAUGUAUCUUUCAGUCUGUCGAAGCUGAACUUGAGCAGAGUUAGAACCUCCUUCAUGUCACCGAGCUCCGCAGGAAUACCCUUAAGCGACUUGAGAGCUUCUUCCCACUCGCCGCGGGUGGCGGCAUCCGCCAUGCCCCGGCCUACGGUGAUGAGUGUGAGCGGCAGGCCACCGCAUUUUGCAGCAACUGCCGAUGCGAGAGAUUUCAUGGAGGGAUCCCACUGGUCUUCUCCCCUUCCCAGCCUUUGGCAGAACAGCUUCCAAGAACUCGCCUGAUUCAAAAGGGGCACUUUGACUCGCUCCUGAGCGUCCAUCUCGUUGCACACUUUCAGUGACCGUGUGGUGAAGACUAUCUUGCUUCCGUUCCUGAGAGAGACUGGGACGCCUACAGCACCGAGGUCUAGUUUCUCCCACAGAUCGUCCAGCAGAAGAAGGAACCUCCUCUGGGAGAGGGCACUCAGUAGGGUGGUGGCCCUGUCGUGUAGAUGCCGUGGAAGGGUCGGGCCCUGGCCCUCGCCGGGGCGACAGUAGCCCAAUCGGACGCCGAUGUCCUCUUGAAUCUUCAGAACAUCAAGCUCCUUGGAGACGAUGACCCAAAUCACUAGAUCGAAUCGACUGGAGUCUUGACCCACUACUGACCUCACUCUUGAUGAGAUCAGACGGCGGUGGAGAAACAGAAGGGAGAUGAGGAGGCGUAGUGCGCAAAAGAUGUAAUAUUCGACUGUCCCCGAAGUUACCUCAAGAAUAUAUCUUCCUCAAUCAUGAGACUAUUUGAUGCGGGACAACGCGGUGGAUUAGCUUGGUGGGCCUGAUGGCUGGGCCGGCGGGUAAGGUGGGUGAGGCCCAAUAAGUAUCCCCCUUAAGGGAGUCUCUGCCGAAAUCCUAAUUCGGGCAUUUCAGCGGCGGGGCGGCGGCGAGUGAACGGUGGCGGUGGACGCGUCAUCGGUGAAGGCAGGAGGCGGCCACAGUAAUGUAUAGGUUGUAAAAUCAAGAGCUAAAGCUUCAGAUCACAUGGUUGAGGCCUCAAAAAAACUUUGAUGAUCUCUAGCAAAGACCCUCGAUGAGUUCAUUAUUCCCUGAUCAUUUCAGUAUUUUCUCGCUUCCGUAGCAAGGGAAAUUUAAGAAAUUUAGCUAGUGAGUACCUUAUAUUACUUACUACUAAAUUUAAUAAUUUUUACUACUAAAUUUAGUAUUGGCUUGCUUUAUAGCACCUCUCAGCUAGAGGAGAUGGCAACCUCUUUAUCUUGCUCAUGCUGCUUAUUUAUGAAGAAGAAUAUAACUUAUUGAGUAUAUUUCUGAUCCUCGACUGAGGUCAUUCACUUUGUAGUUGAAUGAAGAAAAAUGAAGCAAUUUUUGACUGUUUCAAUAGGAUUUUGGUAUAUUUUCUCCGAAAUAAGUUGUAUUAUAAUAGUGACCCUUGCCUUGUCCAAUGCAUCCAACCGACAUGGUCUUCUCCAAGAGGAAGUUCCUUCUGCUGCUGGACGACCUAUGGGAGAAACUAGACCUCGGCGUUAUAGGCGUCCCCUUCUCCUCCUCUUCUUUCAGGAACGGAAACAAGGUAGUCUUUACCACACGCUCACUGAAAGUGUGCAUCGAUAUGGAUGCUCAAGGGAAAGUUAAGGUGCCAUUGUUGAAUCCAGAGAGCUCUUGGACGCUCUUCUCCCAAAAGAUGGGAAAAAGAGAAGACCAGUGGAAUGAUCUCUCCAUAAGGUCUCUCGCAAAAGCCGUUUGUCAAAAAUGCGGAGGCCUUCCGAUCACCCUCAUCACCGUAGGCCGCGCCAUGGCGGAUGCCACCACCCAUGGCGAGUGGAAAGAGGCUCUCAUGGCGCUGAAGGGCAUACCCGUGGAGCUCGGAGACAUGAAAGAGGUUCUAAUUCUUCUCAAGUUCAGUUUCGACAGACUGAAAGAUACAUCCGCCAAGGAGUGCCUUCUCUACUGCGCCCUCUUCCCAGAGGAUGAGAACAUCAAGAUACCUCAGCUCAUUGAUUACUGGGUGGGCGAAGGGCUCUUAGAUAGGGGAUCCUAUCCCGACUCCAUUGACAGAGCUCGUAACCGCGGCCUCGUUGUCAUCACCACACUCAAGGCUGCCUGUCUGCUAGAAGACGGGGUGGUCAAAGGAAGACACGUGAAGCUCCAUGACACGGUCCUCGAGAUGGCGUUGUGGAUAACCAGCGGCGAAGGCGACAAGAGAGGGAAUGUCUUCUUGGUGAACUCCGGGGAGCAGUUGAGGCACGUGCCGACGCCGGAAAGAUGGACGGAGGCGAGAAGGAUAUCUCUGAUGCAUAAUGAGAUACGCCUGCUCCCUGAGGAGCCUCGUUGCCCCAAUCUGCAGACGCUGUUGCUGAACGAACCAGGCCGUCAUCUGGAGGAAAUCCCCGGUGGGUUUUUCCAGUUCAUGCCGAGCCUUCGUGUUUUAGAUCUGUCCUUUACGAAAAUAAGGGUUCUCCCCCGGGAAAUCGGGUCACUGGUAGAACUGCGGUAUCUCAAUCUAUCAAGGACUGCCCUGAAAUCAUUACCCAUGGAGGUCAGGAAUUUGACGAAGCUGAGAAAACUGCGUUUGGAGAAAACCUGGUCUCUUAAGAGUAUCCCACGCGAAGCGGUCUCAUCGCUUGAAAGGCUGCAGUCGUUGAACAUUUAUGGGAGUAACUAUGAGUUUAGAGCAGGAUGGGAGGGCGGUGGUAGCGAUGGUGUGAUUGACCAUGAGGGGAGACAACUCUGUCUGAAAGACUUGGAGGACGGCAUGUGGAACCUGACGGAGCUCGGUAUUUCUAUAACAUGGAUGACGCAUGAAGACCUGGAGGCUGUACUGAACUCUCAGAGACUGUCUGCGUCGAUCAGAUUUCUAUGUGUGCUAGAGGUGGGAAUCCGAUCUUUAGAUUUGUCUGCUUUUCUUGAGAUUAUGAAGGGCCUGAGAAGGCUUGAGAUUUGGAAUUCUAUUUGCUUGGAAGAGCUGGUCUUCAACACGAGCCAGUUCUCGGAGCUGGAGGAACUGACAUUGGGUGAACUUCCCCGAGCAACGAUCUCUUGGAAAGAUGGCAACGUGUUUGUGAGGGGGCUCACCACAGCUGCCAUCUUCAAAAACCUUCGGGGAUUGUGGAUUAUCAGAUGUGAAGCAUUGGAGGACAUAACAUGGAUCAGACAACUGUCCUGCAUUGAGGAGUUAAUACUACAUGGAUGUUCGAGAAUAGAAGAGGUGAUAGUAGUCGAAGAGGUGACGGUGGACAACGUGGAUUAUCAAAAUGAUUCUUUCUUCCCUAAAUUAAUGUUGAUUUGGUUGAAAGAUCUUCCGAAUUUGAGGAGCAUAUGUAGGCAUCCAUUGUUGUUUCCUGCCUUGGAGAGUAUCGGUGUAGGAGACUGUCCAGAGCUGAAAAAGCUGCCCUUUGGGCUCUCUACUGCCAAGAACAUCCAACGCAUCUUCUGUAAACAAGAAUGGUGGAAUGGAUUAGAGUGGGAGCAUGAAGACGUCCGAUCCAAGUUUACCCCUUAUUUUCAACCAAUGUAG